CCUUCCCCAGCCUUUUUCCGGCAUCCGGACCUGGAGGGGCUGCUCUGAAGACGGGCGAGCAGCAUGGAGGCCCACGGCGAAUCCCAGCCCGACGCGAGCUGUUCCUCGUUUUCCCGGGACGGCUCCGGGGUCUCGGUGUCCAGGGAGCUGCUGACGGCGGGCAGCGGCGGCCGCGGAGGUAUAUGGGACAGGUUGCUCAUCAACUCCAAGCCUAAUUCCAGAAAGAAUUCCACUCUUCAAACAGUUCGAAUAGAGAGGAGUCCCCUAUUGGACCAAGUACAGAGCUUUCUCCCACAGAUGGCUCAGGCAAACGAAAAGCUAAGGAAAGAAAUGGCAGCUGCACCACCUGGUCAUUUCAAUAUCGAAAAUAUUGACGAGACUGUCGGAAAAGUUAUACAAAUGGAUGUGGCCUUGUUUGAGAUGAAUCAGUCUGAUUCAAAAGAAGAGGACAGUUCAGAAGAGAAUUCACAAGACUGUUCAGAGGACAGUUCAGAAUUUGAGGAUGAAGAUGAUAGCACCUCUUCUGAAGGUGAAGUUACCAUCGAUACCAUUAAGCUUCCUCAUUCAGAAGAUGGAAAAGGCAAAAUAGAGGUUCUGGACCAUCCUGCCAGUGAAAAAAAAGAAGCAGGGAAAUAAACAAUCUGAGAAACAGGUGAUAGAUGCCUGCUAAUUCUGUGAAAAAGAAUGUGGCUUGCCGGUUAUUUUGCAUUUCAGAUACCUGUGGUGCUUUUUUGCAGUAUUGAAUGUAUUUUGCUUCUUGGAGAAACAGAAGCUGGCUUUUAAAGAGUUGGAAGAGAUAGCAUUUGGGCAUCUUCUAAGAGCAGACUGUUUUUGAUCUCAUGCUAAAGAGAUUUAGUUUAGAAAGCUUAACUUUAUGUAUGGUGAUGAGUGAAUUUGUUGGCAUCUUCUUUCAUCAGCAUAGACUUCAGAAAUCUCAAACUUAUUUUAAAGUAAAAAUACAAGUUACCCAUUUGUUUUUGUUUUAAAUUGGCCUCUUGGGGCUUCCCUGGUGGCACAGUGGUUGAGAGUCCGCCUGCUGAGGCAGAGGACACAGGUUCAUGCCCUGGUCUGGGAAGAUCCCACAUGCGCGGAGCAGCUGGGCCCGUGAGCCUUGGCCGCUGAGCCUGCGCGUCCAGAGCCUGUGCUCCGCAACGGGAGAGGCCACAACAGUGAGAGGCCCGUGUACUGCAAAAAAAAAAAAAAAAAAAAAAAAUUGGCCUCUUGGAUAAAACAACCUAGGUUGGGGUUUUUUUUAGGUUAUUAUAAAGUCACAUUUAUUUGUUACCAUCAAAAUGGGUCCAGUGAGGGGGAACUUUUUAACAUCUUUAUUGGAGUAUAGUUUCUUCACAAUGUUGUAUUAGUUUCUGCUCUAUAACAAAGUGAAUCAGCUAUAUGUAUACAUAUAUACCCAUAUCCCCUCCCUCUCGCGUCUCCCUUCCACGCUCCCUAUCCCACCCCGAGGGAGAAAUUUUUUACAAAGAAAAGAAUUACUUAUAUUUAGAUGCCCUCAGACAUAUCUACUUUAAUUUAAAAAAAAUCCUUUCCAGUUUGUGCUGGAAAACUGGUGCUCUGUGGUUUAAUCACUGUCAGUGACUCUGUAGCCUCUCAAUGCAUGUAGAAUUUGCCGGUUGGAAAAAUUUGUGGUUUUUUUGGUUUUGUUUUUUCUUUUUCUCAUAAAGGAAUUUUUUUGUUUGUUUCAGCUAUUAAAAUUAUUCCUCCCAGUUGCCCACAGUUUUGAAACCUAUUAAUUGUAGAGAAUAGGGACACCCCAGGAAAAUAGGGCACAGUACAUAAAAAGGUAGUAACAGGUUUUCUCUUUCAAAAGACAAAAUGAUCCUGCAUUGGAGUUGCCUUUCUGCCACAUUCUUGGUCUUAUUUAACUUGUUUGGGAUCUCAUCUGCCAUGGGACUGGCUUUGCUCAGGAUAUAGACCUGAGAAUUUAAAGGACUGUCUCCAAGCGCAUUGAGCUGAUGGGACUUUGUUGCCUAAUAUUAUAGGGGUUUGUUUUAACUGUUUUCUCCUACUCCUCUCAUUAGCCUACGACAUCUUGUAAAUACUCUGAAGAUAAUUCUCCAAGUUCCUUCUGGUAUUUUUCAUUGGGAAUUGGAAAUUGGCUGUGCACUCAAAGUAUGCAGAAGUGAACAGAUCUGGAAAGGAGACUUCUCAGCUGCAAAGGGUAUUAUGCUGUACUUUGUAGCACCAAACACAGGUGUGAUGAAUUAUUGGUGUGAAUAUUUAAGGAUUGUCUUCUACUAGAUAAUACUUAUGCCACAUUGUGGGAAGAGUUGCAUUUGUCUGGUUCACUCCUUAGCUUGGUGCAUGGUACACAGUAGGCACCGAAUGAUGUAGAUAAAUGAAUUUACAGGUAUAUUGAGGAUGUACAGGGCAUUUGAAGCCAUGGUAUCCAUGUGGAUAUGAAAGUGUACCUUCACCGGAAAUACAAAGCCUAGUAGAAAUAGUCUGAUGGUCAGUGAAAGAGACUAGUCAGUCUAGAAAUAUAUACUAGUGUGUAGAAUUAUAUUUCUCUCCUGCCAUGACCUUCUCCUAUAAUACAACUAGGUAUUCUAUACAGUUAAAGAAGUCAACUAAAUUCAGUUCCUCUGGACAUUCUUAUGACAUAGGAGGAAAAGGAAAAACAAAAAUUUAAUAUGUGAUAGGGAUGUCGUUUUAAGUAAGUGUAAAAUGGUUGAAUUAUUUAAUAUACAGAGUCAGGGAUGGCUGUUUUUAAACAGAGUUGGAUACUAAGAUAAAUUAUGUAUGUCUUAAAGGUUUAAAUAUAAAGAAAUUAUAAGUUUCAUACUAAAAUAUAGGUGAAUAUUUAAUAACAUAGUUGGGCAAAGUUUUUUUUUUUUUUUUUUUAAAGCAGAACAUCAAAGCUUGAAAUUACAAAGGAAAAGCGCAUAGAGUCAAGUUUGAGAAUCACUGGUCUAGGUCUUGGGUCCUCUUGGCUUCACUUUACCCACCGGAUCCCGGGAAUACUUCCACCACACUCUCAUGGCAACAUAUUACUUCCCUUGACCUACCAAGACCUCUCAUUCUGUCACACUCCAACCAUCCCAUCUGUUUCCGUCAUUUGUCCCAAAGCUGCUUUAGAGUAGUCUAUACCAUCUGCUUAAACUCCUAACUUUUCAGCCCUCUGCAAUUUGGCUUUUGAAACUGUUUCCCUAAAGUCUUCCAUUACUGAGUAUUCAUUCGGCUGCCAUCUGAACUAGACUGUGAAUGGAACUCAAUUUCUUCCUCUUCAGAUCAUCCUCUAAAAAAAAAAAAAAAAAAAAAAGAGAUCAUCCCCUGUUUUCAUCCUCCCAGUGAAUGAUACCACUAAACUAAAGCAUGGAGUUUCGGGGGCUCUGAAAUAUGAACUAGAAUGGAAUUUCCACAAGGCUGGUGACUUUGUCUGGAACAUGGCUAUACUGUGCGGCAUGCGGGAUCUUAGUUCCCCAACCAGGGAUUGAACCCAGGCCCCCUGCAUUGGGAGUGCAGAGUCUUAACCACUGGAGCGCCAGGGAAGUAAGUCCCCUCUAGCCCUUUUUUGGUUGUUGUUGAAUUUUAUUUUAUUUGUUUAUUUUUUGUACGGCAGGUUCUUAUUAGUUAUCCAUUUUAUACAUAUUAGUGUAUAUAUGUCAAUCCCAAUCUCCCAGUUCAUCCCACCCCGCCACCCCCUUUUAAAUUAGUGUAUCAUUUAAGAAUGUUUAUAUCGUGUAAAUCAUAUCUCUGAUAAGGGGUUAACAUCCAGAAUAUAUAAAGAACUCCCACAACUCAUCAAAAAACCCAGUUUAAAAAUGGGCAAAGGACUUGAAUAGACAUUUCUCCAGAGAAGAAAUACAAAUGUCCAAUAAGCACAUGAAAAGAUGUGCUUUUAUAUCAUUGACAUUAGAGAAAUGCAAAUAAAAACCACAAUGAGAUACUACCACAUCCAUUGGGAUGGCUAUUAUAAAAAUAAACAAAACAGAAAAUAGCAACUGUUGACUAGGAUGUGGAGAAAUUGGAAUCCUUGUGAAUUGCUGGUGGGAAUGUAAAAUGGUGCAGGCCCUCAAACCAAAAAAUGUAGGGACUUCCCUAGUGGCACAGUGGUUAAGAAUCCGUCUGCCAAUGCAGGGGACACAGGUUCAAUCCCUGGUCCAGGAAGUUACCACAUGUUGCAGAGCAGCUAAGCCUGUGAGCCACAACUACUGAGCCCACGCGCUGCAGCUACUAAAACCUGUAUGCUUAGAGUCCGUGCUCCACAACAAGAGAAGCCACUGCAAUGAGAAGCCUGUGCACUGCUACAAAGAGUAGCCCUCCACUCAGCUUAACUAGAGAAAGCCCGUGCACAGCAAUGAAGACCCAAUGCAGCCAAAAAAAAUAAAUAAAAUUGAAAAAAAAAUGGAGAAUUAUUUAAAAAAAAAAAAGAAAGCAUAAAAUUCAUAAAUAUUUAAAACUAGUGGGUGGCAAAGAAAUUUAAAAGUCAAGGGACAAAUUGGGAAAAAUAAUUUCAUUGUAAGGCAAGAGUGAGUGUUAUAUAAUGGGCUCUUUCAAAUUAGUAAAAAAAAAAAAAGACUAGUAUCUCAAUAGUGAAAAGGCCUUAGGACUUGAACAGGUAAUUCACAGGAAAAAAAUGUUCGGUCCCAUUUCUCAAAUUUAUGCAAAUGAAACCAAUGUUGUAUUUUUUACCUCUCAAAGUGGCAGAUCAAACAACAGCUAGUACUUAACUGAGCCCUUUUUAUGUGUCAGCCACUAUUCUGAAUGUUUUAUGUUUAAGAGUUACUGCCACUCACACACAAAAAUUUCUCGAGUUAUACAUUUAACAUCGGUGCACUUUAUGUAUGUUAUACCUUAAUUAAAAAGCUGUUUUGUUUGUAAGCAGUGUGCUCUACAGUCUCUUGGAAAUUAAAUCACCAUUGUGCUUUG